AUGUCAUCAGUAUGUUGUGGAACUAAAAAGCAAAAACUUAACAACUCGUACAGCAAUAAUGUCGACCGACCAUUGAAUGGUUACAAAGAAACAGUAGCAAUUCCAGAUAUGUGCUACUUUUGUUUCGAUGUUUUAUAUUGUCAGUUGCAUAGCAUGGAUCCCCCGCAGACACCUAAUUUCACAAAUGAAGCGUAUCCCUUAUUUGUUACUUGGAAGAUUGGUAAAGACCACAGACUUAGAGGUUGCAUAGGUACAUUCAAUGCUAUGCACUUGCAUUCAGGACUUCGUGAAUAUGCUAUAACAAGUGCCUUAAAAGACUCGCGCUUUGCUCCCAUCACUCGUGAGGAAGUACCACGGCUGACUGUGUCCGUGUCAAUCUUGCAGCACUUUGAAGAGGCUGAGCAUUACCUUGACUGGAAGCUGGGGAAACAUGGCAUUCGUAUAGAGUUCAUUAGUGAACGUGGCUCAAAGCGCACUGCAACCUACUUACCUCAAGUUGCCACUGAACAAGGUUGGGACCAAGUCCAAACAAUUGAUUCUCUCCUGAGAAAGGGAGGGUACAAGGCAAACAUCACUGCUGACAUGCGAAGGAGUAUCAAGCUAACCAGAUAUCAGUCUGAGGAGGUCUCGGCUACUUAUAAUGAUUACAUCACUCAGCGUUGCUAG